AUGAUGGCAAUAGAGAAGUCUCAAAAAAGGACUUCUAAUCAGGAUCUUGAGAUAGCAAAAGUUGUUGAGACGAAGAAGCGCAAAGUUGAAUUUGCCGAGAAUUUAGUAACAAGAUAUAAUUCACAGGAAGUAGUUACCAAUGAUGAUAAAAUCUCACUACAACUAUUCAAAGGCUAUGUUACUGAUGCAUUAAAUGAUUCAGAAACUUUAAAGGAUGUAACCAAGUUAAAUUCGCUAGUUAAUCAGUUAUCUUUACCUGCAUCAAGCCCUGAUUAUAUCUCUCCAGAGAACUUCAAUGUAUUACUGGGAGUGCUGAGUAACAAUAUCAAUAAAAUUGAUAACAAGAGAGGAGUGGCAUUGAUUCAGAGAAUAAUUAACUUUCAGAAAUGGUGGGCAUUGCCUAAACCUACUCUAACUAGUUAUGUAUAUUUUCUACAAAUAUUGUGUUCCAGUAUACCUAAAUGGUGGCAAGAUGUGUCUAUGGCCCUAAUAUCAAAUUUUAAACUGCCCACAACGAAGACGGUUAAGCAUCAUGAGAUGCUGAAAUACUUUUUGAGAGCAAUUCCUUCUUCAACAAAUUUCAUUGAUUCAUAUAUUUCAAAGUAUUUCCCUAACAGCAAUGACUCGAUUAAGAAUCUAGUCAACUAUAUAAGCAACAUCUUGACUUUGACCGAAUACUGCCAGGAACUUCGGUUUCAGGCUUGGUCUAUGGUUAUUGAAAAGAUAAUUGCCAUUGAUGUUGAGUUGCAGAACGAGUUGGACGAGCUGGAUGAUGAAAUUGAAGACGAUAUCGAUAAUGAACUUGACGAUCAAGAUGACUUAGAUUCCUCUGAUUUCUCUGAAGAUGAAGUUGCAGAUGAAGCGGAUGAAGACUUAGAAGGCGAUGAGGAAUACAAUGUUGAAAUAUCGAGAAAUAUUAAAGAACUGUCAGCCAAGCUCGAUGCCAUAUUAUCUUUAAUUACUACAAGGCUCUCCGAUGCAUUAACCCCAGAUAGCAUAGAAUCCGGUGAUGGAGUAAGCAUUUUCAAUACUUUGAUAUCUUUAUUCAAGUCUCAUAUCCUGCCCACCUACUACACAAGGUCAGUGCAAUACAUCAUGUUUCAUGUAUCGCAACAGCAAACGGAACUCAUGGAUGCCUUCCUAGUUACGUUUAUAGACAUAGCAUUUUCACCAAACGAAAUUAUGGAGAAGAAAAUUAAGGCUCUACAGUACCUAGGCUCUUUUGUCGCUCGCGCCAAGAAAUUAACUGACGUUCAAAUUACCUUUGUGGCCAGCUAUCUGAUAUCCUGGCUAAAUAGGUAUGUUACGGAAAGAGAAGAUGAAGUCGAACUCCCUGGUGGCAUGGACAGGUUUAAGAACUUCUACGCUGCAUUCCAAUCUUUAUGUUACAUAUUUUGUUUCCGUCAUGCUUUAUUUCGCGAUAGCAGCUCGUGGGAAUGUGCAAUUGACAAAUUUUUUCAACGGAUGGUCAUCUCCAAGUUAAAUCCAUUAAAGUACUGUAAUGAGAAUGUAAUGAUGAUGUUUGCACGUAUAGCCCAACGCGAAGACAUCGUUUACUGUUUCAGCAUUUUAGAGAACAAUAGUAACGAAAGGCUUCGGGGUAUUAUAGGGAAGGCGAACGUCGGAACUAAAAACAACGAAAGAACUGUAAGCAACUGGUCAAUUGCUGCAAGGCAGCAGUUCGUUGACUUACAAUCGUACUUCCCUUUCGAUCCUCUAUUCUUGAAGCAGUAUAAAAAGAUUAUGAAGGAUUACUAUAUAGAAUGGAGUGACAUAAGCGGCGAGUAUGAAAGCGAUGAAAGCGACGAAUUUGAUGAUCCCAUGGCAUGA